GGGUGCUUCUGUCAGGGAUGAGGCGGGAGCAAAUUUGCCGGGUGGAGAGGAGGAAGGCGGGACUGGAAGGUUAAGGCCGCGCGUUCUCUGCGGCGGAAAGAUGCAGUCGCCGAGAGUAGUCAACGUGGGAAGAGAGCGGGAGGGGAUGCGGAGGGGGUGGGGAGGGUGAGCGGGAGGGGAGGGCGGGAGGCGGCCGGGGCACCUCCGCCUCUCGGAACUGAAACGAGGGGGCGGGAGACAAAGAGGUGCGCAUUGCGCUCCUCACCCGGGGGGGCUGCGCGAGGGCGGGGUCCACACGCAGGCCGAGGACGAGUUUGGCCUCGGCCCAGCACAGCUGGGCCUCAGGAUCCGACCCCGCCUUUAGAGCAGACAGGACCCCAUUUCAGAAAUUCGUGCCGCCGCGGCAGAGGAAAAACACCAGAAUGCGCUUCAGCCCACAUAGAUUUCGUCAGCAAUCUGCCGCUGGUGAAGUUGGAAUCCCCCGCCCCGCUGACGACGGAGGCCGGCGGGACCGACGGGCCGUGCCCGAGCAGACCCUGUGACUCAAGGUUCUCCCUCGGACCCCCUCCCGCAGCUCGGCUUACUGGACGCGCAGGUGCAGUGGGCUCCGGGGACUCCAGGUACCAAACUUGUGUAUGUUCCAGACACUGGUGCCCCAGGGAAUCAAACAAUGAAGCCGGUCCUGCUCUCGAGAGCACGUGUUAAAGAAGGCUCCCUGGUUUCCCAAUUCAAAGGAUUCUGUUGGUCACAGUUUAGAGCCUGAUGAAGAGGUAUUCUGAAAAUAUUAUCAAAGAAAGACAGCCCUUGAGCCCCAUUGAAAGAGACUUUACCAAGUGCCUCUGAUGACCAAUACUGCUGCAAAAGGAGAAGGCAUUGAGCCUUGGGUACACACGUCACAGCUGAAGGAGGUCCCCCUGAUCCCUCCAUAGAUGCUGGAGAUCUCCAAAUCAAAUUGGCAAGGAAGAGAAGUAGCUGGCAUUGAGGCUUAUGGACCUGGAUCAGUGGGAAACCCAUUGGAGAGGCUCCACAGCUGUGUGAUCGAUGAAACGAAUAAGCUGAUGAGGAAAUGGAGAACGUGGCUGUGCGGUUUAGACGAGGUCUGGAAUGGGACCUGCAACAGCACUGAGGUGUGCCUGGAUCAUGACCAAGGAGUAUUGAGCCAAGGAAUACCAGGAGCAACUGGUGAAGACGACAGUGCAUUUCAGGUAUGAUGGCCACGACCUGUAUAAUACCAUUUUCUGAGGCAGCAGCCAGGAAACAUGCCAGACACAGUAAACCCAUCUUUGCUUUGUGUUUUUCAUCUCUCAUUAAUCAGUUGCUUAAGCUGAUUAAAAAAUUAGGGCUGUUAAUUUUUAAAUGAAGGAAUAUAAACUACUUGACCCAAUUUUUCAUUUGCUCUACGCUGGCCUUCUAAAUGUCAUAAUCACACUUGAAAGUAGGCUGACUUGCAGAAUCACCUUAGUUCAUUUCCACCUCCGCCCUUAUCCCACUCCCUUCCCUUCCUUUUAAGAAAUCAAAUUAAAACACGGCUUAUUCUAUGAGAAUAUGGACUGGAACUGUCAAACGUAAAUACUAGGCACACUUCUCUCAGGAAACUAAGUACCUUGCUCAUUUAAGAGGCUGAUGGUGGGUCUUCCAGCAGAGCGUGAGUGAACAUUUCUGUUUAACAACAAAAAAUUCCUUUUAGGUACUUAAUCUGAAAGUGUUAUUUUUGUUCUAUUCAAGUAAUUCAGAGAAUAAGAAAUACAGAGCUCCAUCUCAGGAGAAUCAUUAUUCAAUUUUCUCUAUAGCUAUUAAUAUAGAAAGAUGAUUAAUUAACCUACAAAGGCA